ACAUACUACACUGCUGUUGAUCCAGCACAGGUAGCUGAAAUACUUGAAGAUGAGCUUAUAAUUUUUGAACUGGUUCAGCUGUCAGAGUAUACAGAUGGUGCCGUGAGGUUAGCAUCGUACUCCACAAAUGCUCGUGACUUCCUGUAUCCUUACCCAUGUCUCGCUCCAUCAUAUUCAUCUCACGAUCGGGAGAUUCUCAUGUGCAGAACAAUUGCAUUCCCUGGCAUUUCUCCUAAGCUAGAAUUCUCAACAAAAACGGUGAUUAAAGAAUCAAUGGCAUCAGCACUGGAUGUACUAGAGGAUGGCGAAGAGUCAGGAAGAAAAUCACGCAGAUCAUCCAGAACCCGCAGAACACUAUCAAGGUCUCCCUCGCCAACAGUCCGACGCAAGCUUGCUGACAUCAGCCUUGAUGAUACCAUUGAUCCUAGACCACCAUUUGUCGUACGAAAG